CAAUCGACUAUCAAAAAGAUUCAAAACUGACUUCUUCUGCCUUAAAACCCUAAAGAAGGCGCAACACUCCUCGCAGAAGUGCAGAGUUCCUCCAGCUAGUUCCAAUCAAUGGCGAGUGUACCUGUUAAUCCAAAACCUUUUCUGAAUAAUCUCACUGGGAGCCCUGUCAUGGUGAAGCUCAAGUGGGGAAUGGAGUACAAAGGUUUUCUUGUUUCGGUUGAUUCAUAUAUGAAUUUACAGCUAGCUAACACUGAAGAGUACAUUGAUGGACAGUUUACUGGAAAUCUUGGAGAGAUUCUCAUCAGGUGUAAUAAUGUUCUGUAUCUUCGUGGUGUUCCGGAGGAAAUUGAUGCUGAUGAAGAUUAGAUGGUUCCGGAGGAAAUUGAUGCUGAUGAAGAUUAGAUGGUAAUGAUAUUAUCACCAGCCCUCACCCUCACCCCCUCCACAGAAGUCACCACCAUCUUCUUCUCUUGUUCUGCCUGUGCUUUUAUUAACUAAAUGAUGUUAACUACCAUGUAAGAAUUUUACCAUACUACUGAAGAUAGCAAGGGAGACUCAUGCUGUGCUAUUUUUAUUUUAUUUUACCCCUUAGGCUGAGGUGCAUGGUGAUUGGUGUCACAGUGGAAUAGGCAUCUUUUGUUGACAUGUAUUUUAGUGAUGAAAUUUGGUUUUUGGCUUGUGCUCGUGAUA